UGACAACAUAACCUAAAAAUAAAGUUUAAAGUGCCGAAGUGCGUCGAUCGCACGUUACUAAAUAUAAUUUUUAAUAAAAAAAAGUGUUUUCCAUUUACAUAAAAAAUGGAAGAAAUGGAUAUGUCGACUCCUAGUGAAGAUGAGCUUCACAGUAAAAAAGGGGACGACAUGGAAAUAAAUAAAUGUGAAGAGAAUGAGGAUGAAAGCCGCAUGAUCGAGGAUGUGCAAGAAAUUGGCGAUGACAGUGAUGCGGUAAACAGUGAUAUUGAUAAAGAAGAUGAGGAUAUUGGGGAUGACAACAACGACGUCGACGAGGACGACGAAGACGAUGAUGAUGAUGAUGAUGAUACAAACGAGGCGGAGGUUAAAAUUCUCGAAGAAACUCUAUCAAAAAAUCCCUACGAUUACGCUUGUCAUGUUGCACUCAUCAAUUUAUUGUCGAAAAUGGGUGAAUUGGAGAGAUUGCGAACCGCAAGGGAAAAUAUGAGUCGAAAUUAUCCCCUUACUCCAGAAUUAUGGCGUUCCUGGAUGCAGGACGAGAUUAAACUUGCUGUCACUCCGGAGGAAAAAAGUGCAGUCAUCGAACUUUGCGAACGGGCUGUGAAUGAUUAUUUAUCCGUUGAAAUUUGGUUGGAGUAUUUACAAUUCAGUAUUGGAAACAUGGGCAAUGAGAAGGAUGCCGCUGAAAAUGUUCGGCAAUUAUUUCAGCGGGCCUUAACGGCAGUCAGUGGGCAUAUUACGAAAGGUGCCAUUAUUUGGGAAGCUUUUAGAGAAUUCGAAAAUGUUCUCGUUUCAAUGAUUGACAUUUCCAAUACAACAGAACGAAUAAAACAACUCGAUCGUGUCGGCAAACUCUUCAGUCGUCAAUUGCAAGUUCCUCUGCUCGACAUGGAAAAAACUCUGAAUGAAUACGAAACCUGGCGUUUAGGGGACGGCGCGACGUCAAGCAUAGACUAUCAAAAUGUCAUGAACAAUUACGAGAGUGCUCACAAAAAAUUGAGUGAUCGUUUGCCCUUCGAGGAGAAACUUGUCUCCUCUCAAAAUGAAGCCGAAUUGCUAGACUCCUAUAAUGCCUACCUAAUGUACGAGAAACGACAAACAGAUCCCGGUCGUGUCAUUGUUUUAUUCGAACGAGCCAUCGCAGAACUCACCAUCGAGUCGUCACUUUGGUUGGAAUACGUAACAUUCCUGGAAUCUCAAUUGAAAAUCGAAGACGUUUCCGAUAGGGUUUUCAAAAGAGCCGCAAGAAAUGUCCCAUGGUGUGCGGAAAUUUGGCAAAAACGAAUCCGAAGUUAUGAAAAGUGGAAGAGACCCGUCACUGAAGUGCAAGCAAUUUUGGAGGAAGCACUUCAAGCUGGUUUCACAGUUUCUGAUGAGUACAAAACUCUCUGGAUUUUGUACUUGGAAUAUUUGAGACGAAGAUUGGAUGAUAUAACGGGAGAUGAUGAACGGGAAAAACAGAUGGAAACGCUGAGGAAAACUUUUAACAAAGCCUGUGAAUAUUUAGCGAAUUUUGGAUUAGAGGGCGAUUUGAAUUGCGAUAUUUUACAAUUUUGGGCGAGGACCGAAGCAAUUCAUGCUAAAGAUAUGGAGAAGGCGCGUCAACUUUGGGCUGAUAUUUUAACUCAGGGACAUUCGUCGAAAGCUGCCAGUUGGCUUGAAUUUAUCUCCCUAGAAAAAUGUUAUGGAACAACGAAACACCUUAGAAAACUAUAUCCAAAAGCGUUGGCAGUGGUUAAAGAUUGGCCGGAGAGUAUUGGUAGUGCUUGGAUAAAUUUCGAGCGCGAUGAAGGAACUUUGGAACAACUCGAAAUUGCGGAAGUCAAAGUGAAGGAAAAAUUGGAGAAAGUUCAGGAGGAUCGUCUAAAAUCGCAAACAACCACAGAUGUUAAUUUAUUCUCGAAAGGCAAGAGAAAAGCCGAGGAAACGGGAAAAAUGCGAAAACGAAUUGGCGUCUCACCGCAAAAGAUAUCACGUCUCUCGAUUAGAGACGAAAAAGAAGUUAAGUUACGAGAAAAUAUUCUAAAACCGGAUCGAAAGAAAAAACCGAUUGAAAAAGAAGAACCGAAAGUGGAACCACCUCCUGGAUUUCAGGAGGAAAAAAUGGAGGAAGACAUGGGUCCGGAAGUUGAUUAUACGAUUUCGAUUUUUAUUAGUAAUUUAGAUUUUACGGCAACUGAGGAAGAUGUGAAGGAGGCUCUUGUACCUGCAGGUGAAAUUACUUUGUUGAAAUUGGUCCAUGACUCGAAGGGAAGAAGUAAAGGUUUCGCUUAUGUCCAACUUGCAAGCACCGAAGCCGUCGAAGAUGCUUUAAAAUUGGACAGAGUAAAAGUUAAAGGCAGGCCUAUGUUUAUUUCUCGUUGCAAUCCGGAUAAGAGUUCGAGAGGACAUGCUUUCAAAUACAAAUGCUCGUUGGAAAAAAAUAAACUGUACAUAAAAGGACUGCCGGCUGUAAUAACAAAAGAAGAAUUAGAGGAAUUAUUCAAGCCACAUGGAUUAGUGGUGGACAUUCGAAUUCCCGUGUACCGCAAUGGACACGCUAAAGGAAUAGCGUACGUGGACUUUGAGAAUGAAGCCGACGCCUCUAAGGCUCUAUUGGCGACGGAUGGUAUUCAAGUCAAAGGUAAGGUAAUUAGCGUUGCAAUAAGUAAUCCCAAAGAGCGCAAGAAAGAAUCUCCCGACGAGGAGCAAUUGGCAAAAUCACUUGGUGGUCAUCCAUCGGGAAAGUCAUUCUCUCAUCCGAAACCCGCUCUCGCCUUAAUUCCACGCAACGUUCAAUUAACUUCCGUAAGCAAUGGCAACACUUCGAAACCUGUCGAAGGAACUGCUGUUCCUCUAACCAAUAAAGACUUUCGUGAGAUGCUUCUUAAAAAGUAAGAAAUAUUGUACGAAUUCUUUCCUCUAUUGUGUAGAAUACUUACAUUUUUUUUAUUUUGAUAUUUUUCUAUUUACUAAAGAUGUACUUUUCUAUUUAGUAAAGAUUUACUUUUCUACUUAGUAAAAGUAUACUUUUCUAUUUACUAGAAGUAUAUUUUUCUAUUUACUAAAAGUAUACUUUUCUAUUUACUAAAAGUAUACUUUUCUAUUUACUAAAAGUAUACUUUACUCUCAGUUAAACCGCUGCCUGCGGGAGUUGCUAUGGUAACACACGAGAGUAAGAGAGCGAAAAGAUCCGCUUUUCUCUCUCUCUCACUCCCGUUGCGCCUGCGCAGACAGCGGAUUUCUGAGAAUUUUGAACAAUUCUGAGAAUUUAAAGGCAGGACCACAUUGGCAAUUGUGAAAAUAAUUAAUUUUGUCAAUAUUAACUAAUAAGAUGAAUGCCACCAGUGUUCAAAACAGAGCAUGUUUUCUACAAAAUAAAUACGUUUAAUUUAUAUAUAAAUAUAAA